AUGAAAGACGAUAUCAAAACGCACGCCGUGGCCUCCCUGUUCGCGGGGACGGCGGCGACGACCAUCUGCGCGCCGGCCGAUGUCCUCAAGAGCAGGAUCCAAAGCGCUGCCGCGAGCGGGCCGGGGGCAAACUCUUUGCUUCGUAUCGUGCAAACCGGCCUCCGCGAAGAAGGGGCGAUAUUCCUCAUGAAGGGCUGGACGCCGGCGUGGUUGAGACUGACGCCAAACACGGUCCUGACUUUUGUCUUCAUGGAGCAGCUGCGGCAACUGACCCAGUGGCAGUUCGCUGCUCCGGUCGAGACGAUGAAGGCUUGA